AUGUCCGGCGAAGGCAUUAAAGUUGAUUUUGCAGAGGUUGAGGCUAUCACUAACUGGCCAAAACCAACAAAUGUUUCUAAAGUCCGAAGUUUCCUAGGUCUGGCAGGUUACUAUCAACGGUUUGUUGAAAACUUUUCCCGGAUCGCGCUCCUUAUGACUAAACUUCUUCGAAAAGAAUUUAAGUUUGUUUGGGGGGAAGAACAGGGAAAGGGUUUUGAAAAACUGAGAAAGAUAUUAGUUACAACGUCUGUUCUUACAUUGCCAUUUGCGUCGGGAGGUUUUCAGGUUUAUAGUGAUGCUUCUAAAUGUAGUCUUGAUUGUGUUCUAAUGCAGCACGACAAACUGAUUGCAGAUGAAGUGUUGGCUAGUAUCAUGGUUGAACCAACUCUUGUAUCUCAAAUCGAAGAGGCUCAACAAGAGGAUGGAGAACUUUGGGCUAUCUUACAAAAGGCUAAAGAUGAUUCACAGCCUGAUUUUCGAGUUGAUGCCAAAU